AUGGGCUGGAGUUUCCACGGCCACAAGCGAGAUGUCGAUGCGGAAAAGCAUCUCAAACGGCUGCACAAGACAACACCGUUUAUCGAAUCGCCGCUAGUUGGUGCCGAUCACGAAAAUCUGGUCUUCUCUCAACGACAUGAAGCGAAUAGCGUGGAACUUUUCUUCGACUUGUUCUUCGUUGCUAAUCUGGCAACCUUUACGGCCUAUCACUCUAUCACCGACAUAGACUAUCUACUGGCAUACAUCGGUUUCUUUGGCAUAUUAUGGUCGUGUUGGUUUCAAAUCACACUCCACGAUGUUCGAUUUGCGCGCGACUCGCUUUAUGAGCGCGUGUGCAAGACAAUCCAAUUCAUAGUUUUUGUUGGCCUGGCGCUGGUUGGAAGUCAGUUCAACCCAGCAAACGAGAAGGGCAAAGGAAACAACACGAAUUUCCGUAUCCUGUGUUAUACACUGGUCAUCAGCCGUGGUCUUCUUGCCAUUCAAUAUCUUGUUGUCCUUUACUUCACUUGGAGAGCAAAGUAUGGGAAGAUCUACCUCCCACUUAUGCUCAUGUUCGCCAUAUAUGCAGUCAGCAUGGGUGCAUUCGCCGCUAUGACACCUGCAUUCAAGAACGAGGCCGACCACAGCAGGCGGCUCGUUUACGUCGUCUGGUAUAUUGUCAUGGUGCUUGAAGGCGUUGGAGUCAUUCUUAUAUCGUGUAUUUGGCGCAUGAUGAGCUUUAAAAAGACCCAUCUGAUGGAGCGCAUGAGCUUGCUGACGAUUAUUGUUAUUGGCGAGGGCGCAAUUGGCGUUACCAAGACAGUGAGCAGGAUGAUGGGGAAGCACGGACUGGAAGUUGAAGGAUGCUUUCUGAUCAUGUGUAUCAUCGUCGUUCUUGUGCUGAUAUGGGCUCUCUACUUCGACAACUUUCCCCACGGACACUACGGAACCAUCCGGCAGCAAAUAUGGUCUUUGCUACACUUUCCUCUCCAACUUGCGAUUGUUGGUGUUGUCGAAGGCUCUCAGCAGAUUGCUUUGGCUCGGUACGUCGCCAGGAAUACCGGAAAAGUCACCACCUCCAUCCUUCAAUAUUGCCAAGACGACCACCUUGACGGCCUGAAGCUACAAGACAAGCUGCAGUACCUUUUGGAGUAUUUCGAGUUAGACGGCAAGUUUGAAACCAAAAGCUAUUAUAACCAGGCUGAGUCGGCCAUCUGGCUUGUCGGGAACGCCACAGGCAUCUGCUCGCCGCAGAAUACUACUCAGUAUAAUAUGGGUGAUGACGACGAAGAUGGUACCUGGCCUGAGGCGCUCAAGAACGUAUCUCACCUUCUUACCAAUGGUAUGUACACUGGACUCGGCAUGAAGAUUCCAGUCGACAAACUCGAGGACUUUAGUCCCCUCAAGAUUGGCCUCAAAGGAUUCGAGCUUGUCUACCUUUACUACUGGUCGUCCUUCUGCCUGCUUCUUAUAUGCCUGAUCAUAUUCCUUUUCUUGAUCCGCCGCCACAAGGCUGAUCUAUUCGACUUCACCUCCGUCAUAUCGCGCUUUCUUGCCCUUGGCGUUGGUGGUGCAAUGUUGGCUCUGAUGGCCGACACCAACCGGUUGCACAGGAUGGUCGAAUCACCAUGGCUACUACCCAUCUGCGUCAUCAUCCUAUUCGUUAUCCUGGUCAUCGAUAAACUAAGCUCGAUAUAUUGCAACUGGCAAGUUCAGAAGAGCGGAAAGCCAUACGCGUUGGAAUUUGAAGAGCAUGGACAUCACGGCCACGGACAUAGUCCACACGGAUCUGUGCAGGAGACGGGUGCGCUAUACGGGCAUGUGCCACACGACGCCGGGUUGGAAGAGAUGCGCAACACGGCACGGUGGAGCUCGCAUCCCGAAGAUUUGAUGCCACUUACAGCUCAAAGCACCGAAUACAAAUCGCCACAUCAAAGCUACGUUAUGGAGCCUUUGACGAGCCCACCACUUGAGAGUCCCCCGGUGUCGGGACACGAUUCGCUAGCCAACCAGGGAUAUGUGGGUCAUGCCCCGGCUGGAUAUGCUCCUGUGAGCACAGGACAGAACUUCGGCGCCAAGCGUGGCGUUAUUGUUUGGCAAGACGGCACUUGCCUUACCCGCACAAUACCUAAUCCGAAGGCGGACACGGGACAAAGACGGAUCGACGAAACAAGAUCAGCAGCGCAACGUCAGCGCCUCACAAAGAUCGUCUACAUCGUAACGUCUUCUGAGCUUUCAGAAGGCGUCCUUGAAAAGACAUGGUCAGGCUUUGAGGCGGCGCUGAAGCAACUAGACCGCGUCAGUUGUUGUGGAAGAGAAGGGCAGGAAGAAGAGUGUCCAUUGAAGAGGGAGGUGGUUGGUGACGACGACGAUUCUAUCCGGGUGGUGAAUUUUCUAGAUGGGCGCCUCAAGGUGGACUCGCCAGCGUCUUCACCUUCACCAUUUUCUCAUGAUUCCAACAACCCAUGGUCUCUUCGAGGAGGCGACGACGUCAGUGGCGGUCACGGCGUAGCAGACUGCUCACCAUGUGCCGAAGGAAUUCAUCGUCAGCGAAAGGAUAGUGCUUCCGAAGUCCGUCAGAGUGCAGAGCCGAGUUGCGGCAAAGGCGUGCAUACAGUAAGGCUAGCAGAAGGAAGAAAACAAUAUCUCCAAGGCGUUUAUCUCGAGGCUCCACGCACACCAAUAGCGUUCACUUUGGGACCACGCAGCGAUUUAGACUGCAUCAGCUUCUUGUAUCUGCUACGCAACAACAAGCUAAGCUUUGACGACAUUGCGGAGCUCGUAUCACGGUAUUCGCUUGAGAAUAGCGACCCCCUUCUGAACGAUGUUGCGCAACAAAGUCUCUCGGUUGACCAUCAGUCGAACAUACGUGAAAGUACUUUGGAGUCGUCCACAGGUCAACCGGGAGUUGUCGAGUGGGAUUGUUCUUCUGAUCAGGUAGACAGCCAGGCGUCAAUAUUGAGAAGUGAUAACAGUCGUUACACAGUUGGAGACCCAAGCUGCGGAAAAGAAGAUCAGAACUUGAACGACAAGGAGCCAUGUUAUCAUGAGCCAGCUCGAGCACAGAAUGCUAAGGGACAAGGAAAGACUGGCAAAGUCGAAGGGCAAGCCAUCAGCAUGGAGAACGCUCAGGACUUGGGUCAGUCUCAUCAUGACGGUUACAGCGACGAGCCGAGUGUGGCCCAGUCAUGCUUCUCUUCCGAUUCAUCGGUUGAUUCCAUCGAAUUCUCAAAACCAGGAGUCGAUGUUACAGCCAACAGAACAAAGCCAAUUGCACUAUCCUGGUGGAAGCCCAGAAAGAAGUACCACGGAAUCCAUGAAGCCACCAGGACUGCGAUCAUUCCAGAUUUCCAAGAGUCUCCAUCCGCAAUGGCGCCUCCAGGCUCAUCCCACGAAAAAGACGCCCGAUGGACAGCAGUAGAUACCUACUCGUUCUCUCACUUACAUCCGUCUACCGAAACAUCGCCCUCUCCGUUCUCUCUUCAACAAGCCCUCGAUGCCUCUCAAAAAGCCGGCUUACCUGACAUCGCUGUUUCACCCUCCCAAGGCAAAUACCUCCAGCUCACCGCCCGCCUCGCACGUGCAAAGAACAUCCUCGAAGUAGGCACGUUGGGCGGGUACAGUACCAUCUGGCUCGCGACAUCUAGUCCGGGCGUCAAAGUAACGUCGCUAGAAAUUGAUAGUCACCACGCCGACGUUGCGCGAGCGAAUAUAAAAAAUGCCGGGUUGGAAGACAAGGUCGAGGUCAAACUCGGGGCUGGUAUGGAUGUCCUGCCACAACUUGUACAGGAGGUCAAGGAGGGGAAGAGGGCGCAGUUCGAUCUCGUCUUCAUCGAUGCGGAUAAGGAGAAUAACUGGAAUUAUGUGGACUUGGCGCUGCAUAUGUGUGGCUCAGGUGCGUGUGUCAUCGUGGACAAUGUGGUGAGGAAGGGUCAAUUGGCGGAGGAGACGGAUGAUCCAAGGGUUGCGGGUGCGAGGAGGGUAGUGGAGAACGUGGGCAAGGAUGAGAGAUUGGACGGUGUGGUAUUGCAGACGGUUGGCGAGAAAUCUUAUGACGGCUUCUUGUUUGCUGUUGUGAAAUGA